AUGGACGGUGAUGUCGACCACUAUGCUUUUUUGGGCUUGCCUUCUGGUGAAGAAGGUGCCAAGCUUUCGGAGAAAGAAAUUACAAAAGCUUACAGGCUAAAGGCCUUGGAAUUUCACCCUGAUAAGAGACCUGAUGACCCAAAUGCACAUGACAAUUUCCAAAAGCUUACAUCUUCUUAUGCGAUCCUGAAGGAUGAAAAUGCUAGGAAGUUGUUUGAUGAUCUGCUUCGGGUGAAGCGAGAAAAGUUCCAACGCCAGUCACAACAAGACUCCAAGCGCCGGAAGAUGAUGUCAGAUCUCGAAGAAAGAGAGCGAUAUGCUUUUGCUCCUGACCCUAGCUCGAGAGCCCGAGAAGAGGAAGAGACAAUUGCUAGGAAGCUUAAGCAGGAGAUUGCUAGAAUUCGUGCAAUGCAUAGCAACAAAGGAUCUGCUACUAUGACUCCUCCUUCAAAGAAAGAUACAGCUGCAAUGGGAAAAAGUAAUAUGGAUGGUGGUGGUAGCGGGAUAGACAAGGAAAAGGUUCUUAAGGUUUCAUGGGAGAAGACUGGCGAAGACUAUACAGCUCAAAGACUCAGGGAUAUUUUUGAGGAGUUUGGCAGGGUGGAAGAUGUAGUCAUCAAGAGUUCCAAGAAUAAAGGGUCUGCCCUUGUUGUAAUGGGGUCUAAAGAUGCAACUAAUGCUGCUAUUGGGAAUGUCUUGGGAGAUCUCUCAAAUCCUCUUCUAGUUUUGCCUCUUCAACCUGCUUCAACACCAGUCAACUUUCGUGUUGAGGCUAAUAUAGAAUCCGAUGGCCCAAAACUGAGGAAUCUUGUUGGUGCUGGAUAUCUUGCUUUUGAAGAAUCGGUACUGGACAAGUUGAAAAAGGCUUCGCAGAGACAAAAGUGA